GUUUUAAGCAGCGGGAAGACAACAUUGUAGUCGUAGCGCAAUUUUUUUUUUAUAUGGUUGAUCAAGCAAAAAUGUCUUCCGUUCAUGUUUUAAGGGGGUUUGUUAACGAGCGACUAGCUGCUGCUGCUGAAGAAAUAUUCUGUGUUUUUGAAAAAACUAUCGUCGAGUACGAGAAAGAGAUCGACCGUCAGCGCAGACUGUUGGAUAUCGUUUGGAAACCCGAAAUAAAGUUACACCGAAUAGAGCUCCCACAGCAACGUGUCUGUGGAGAGGAGGAGGAGGAGGAGGAGGAGGUUCCUGCUGACCAGCAGCUCUGUAUUCAGGAGAGGAACUCCAGUCUGGACCAAGAGGACCCAGAGCCUCCACAAGUUAAAGAGAAACCAGAGCCUCUACAAGUUAAAGAGGAAUCGAAGGAACUCAUUACCAGUCAGGAGGGAGAGCAGCUUGAAGUGAAGCAGGAGACUCCUACUUUUGAGGAAAGUGACCACAGUGAAGAUCAGACUGUGUACUUGAAUCCUGAUGACACUGCAGCAGAGACAGAGUCUGCAGUCAUCAUACCAGUUAUAAGCUCUGUGGUAUCAUAUGCAACCAGUGACCACCAGCUCCUCUCUGGUGAUCAAGCAGAGCCAAAACAACAGAAAAGACACUACAGAACCAGAAGUCACAUUAACAAUGUAAGCUGCCCGAACCUGCCAGAGAAUAACUGUAAUACUGACCAAGGUAAAAAGUCUUUCAAAUGUGGCACACGUGGAAAAUAUUUUAAUCAUAAGGGAAAUUUGCAGAGACACCAGAGAAACAUCCACAAAGAUAAUAGGCAAUUUACUUGUAAAAUUAGUGGAAAACAUGUACAGUCUACUAGUUUGGUGAGCCAUAUGAGAAUCCACACAGUCGAAAAACCAUUUACAUGUAAAAUUUGUGGGUGGGGUUUCAGACUCAAUAGUAGAUUGAAACGACACUCGACAAUCCACACAGGUGAGAAGCCAUAUUCUUGUAAAACUUGUGGGAAAGAUUUCAGACAACAUUCUAACUUGGUGCUCCAUAUGAGAAUCCACACAGGGGAGAAGCCAUACGCUUGUAAUACUUGCGAGAAAAGAUUUGCUGACGGUUCCACAUGUAAAACACAUAUGAGAAUCCACACAGGUGAAAAGCCGUUUGCAUGUGAAGUUUGUGGAUUGGUUUUCAACCAGCGUGGUAAUUUGAGAAUCCACAUGAGGACUCACACAGGUGAGAAGCCAUACGCUUGCAAUAUUUGUGAGAAAAGAUUUGCUGACGGUUCAACAUGUAAAAAGCAUAUGAGAACCCACACAGGUGAGAAGCCGUACGCUUGCAAUACUUGCGAGAAAAGAUUUGCUGACAGUUCAACACGUAAAAUGCAUAUGAGAACCCACACAGGUGAGAAGCCGUUUACUUGUAAAAUUUGUGGGACAUCUUUCACACGCAACAAUAUAUUAAAAAAUCACGUGAAAACCCACACAGGUUAGAGUCCACAUUCUUGUGAAAUAUCAGGAAAAAGGUUUCAAAAUGAAUUGUGACUUAAAAAUCCACAAGACAAUCCAAAACAGUUGAGAAGCGGUCGACUUGUAAAAUGAGGGACAGCUUUCUUUUUGGCCACAUGAGAAAAGGUCACACUGGUGAGAAGCUCUUCAAAAGAUAGAAACCACUGAGCUGAUACUCCAGUACAAAUGUUAGUAGAUGUAAUGAAAUGCACCUUUGCAGCAGCUACAUCUCUGUCACUGAAUGUAAAAUAUUUUCCACACAGAUGAGAUGUCGACAUCGCAAGUUAAAGUUCCCCUUGAUAUGACUAGAUUAAAAAUAAUGAUGUGAACCUGAUUGUUGUUGGUUUUGCCAAAUGUCCAUUUACAAAAUAUGUCUGAAUCGCUUUACAGUUUAAGAUGGACUUAAAAUCUUGUGACAGUUCUAUAUGAACCCUCCAAAACAUAUUUACAAAAAGUCAGAUUUUACAUCUGAGAUCGGCUGGCUUCUGUUUUAUACUACAAUAAAAUGCAUCAUAUUUGAUGUGAAUGUGCCUUCUUCUUGUCUUUUAUUUUUCUUCUCAUAAACAAACUACCUUAUGUAUACCUGUCCCCAUUUGGGCAUUUUCCAAAAAAUGACACGUGAUUAAAAGGUUAAAAAAAGUUUGUUUUGCUGCCAAUGGUGUCACAGCCGAGCUCUGCAACCAGCAAAAUGGUAAACCAGAGCCCUGUACUACGAAGCAAGUUCAACAUACCCAGUAUAUCUUUUUGUUAUUUCACUUCACUGAGCCUAAUGACUGCAAUCUCAGAUAAAUGGUAUCACGAAGGUGGUUUAACAACUUUCUUAGUUACCCAGGCUUUCCCCUUCAGGCUCUGUGCGCAUUCACAUAGAAGGGAGCGUUUGACUCAAUUACCGGAGAAAAACGAUCACGUUCUGCCCACUUCUAUUAGGAAUAUGCAUAAUUAUAAUAAAUGAUUUAUGCAUUUGUUUAUUUAAUCUAUUUAUUUUCUAUUUUUUGUAAAUAUGUAUUAUGUUAAUAUUCAUGUUUUGGGGAAAAACAAUAA